AUGGACCAGAACACAGAAUGUACUGUAUACGUUGGGAAUCUCGAUCCGCAGGUGAGCAAGGAGCUUCUAUAUGAGUUAUUUGUGCAGGUAGCACCUGUAUCUCGCAUAAGAUAUCCAAAGGACAAGGUAAAGCAGGAGCACCAGGGCUUUGCUUUCGUGGAGUUGUUUAGUGAGGCUGAUUGCGACUUCGCCAUCAAGUCCCUCAAUAACACGGUGAGUCUCUUUGGGAAGGUGUUGAAGGUACGGCGGACGCUGGAAAACGCCAAGAAUAGCGCACCCGUCUUCGCCAGAGCGAAAUUGUUCGUUAAGAAUCUUGACAGCACGAUCGAUGCAGUACAACUGCAGAAGCUGUUUGGUAAAUUCGGACCUCUUGCCAAGCCACCGCAACUAUUUACCCUGAAAGACGGUGCGCUGAGAUGUGCAUACGUGUACUUUACGACAUUCAGACACUCAGACGAAGCGCUGGAGAAACUGAACAACCAAAUUGUGGCUAACCAGAUAAUAUCGAUUGACUAUGCGUUCAAGGAGGGCAAAGCAGGGGAAAAGCACGGUGACCCAGUCGAACGGCUACUAGACGAGGAGGCUCAAAAGCACGGCGUGGUCAAACUGACUUAG